AUGAGGGAAUCAGCCAGUUUCAGUCUGGUUAUUAAUGACCAGCUGUGUAUCUUUGAAUCCAUCGCGACUCAAACCACAAGAGCAACGACGUAUCGAUCAUCCGAACCAUCGAUGAGGUGCCCGAUAUCAUACCCCCUCCUUAUCUCACCAUUGCUAAAUGCAGUCUGCAAUGCAAUCGGUCAUUUAACUCUGGAGGAUGGAUUCGAAAGGCUACGGGAAGGGCAGCCCAGCGGCUCGGAAGGUGUUCGCGAUACAUUCAACCCCCUAGAUCGCGCACCUGAGAGCUCAAGAGCUUUCUCGAACCCACACCGUCCACAAAGCCCAGCGGACGCGUUAAAUGUUGCAGUCGACUCGGCUGACGACUUCCUCGAACCCCCUCAUAGAGGACACGCGUCGCCAGACUAUUUCGUGAAAGGAUGGCACCUUUCGCCAGGAUCUAUUGAUCAAUUCUCAGUCUGGGAGAGGGAUUUCGCUUGGCUUGCCGAUGCACAACUCUCAGAUUCCAAUCAUCUUUCGGAGCAUGAUGAAUUUCCACCGAUGUCAAACUCAGACAGCCAGACAAAAGAGACAACUAUAAUGAAGGCUCCGUUGGAAUCUUCGGAACCAGCUCCAACCGGAUUGUCUCCAACAGCUCACCGAGACCAAGAAAGCCCAGUAAUUCAUCAACAUCAGACAGUCGAGACAGUCGACAGUCCAGAGGUGACAAACGAUCAGCCAUUGGGUCACGACGGGCUAGCCAUGGGAAAACACUCAUCAUCGAGUGCCAAAGCCAUCAAAAUCAGCGUGAAAACCGAACCUGAAGAAUUCAGUGACAUGCCUCAAUAUCCAAGCCUCAAAGCUCAAAAACCGAAUGUUAGAGCCAAAAAAGCAAGUUCAAAGUCCCCUACCUUGGGCCCCAUCACUCCAGAUUCCGGGAAUCGAUCACAAAAGCCAAUCGAGAAAUUCAGAAACUCAAGCUUGCAAAAAUCAGUGAGAUCAUCUACAAAGUCGAGCCCAACUCCGCAAAAUGAUGCCAAGAGAAGAAGGCUUAGUUAUUUUCAUGAAACAAUUGGAAAGGUAUCUAAUUUGACUCCUAUCGACCAAAAUCCCGAGUGUCGGAGAUAUGGUUUCCCCAGAUUAAGCUUCGAUUGGAAGGCUUUCGUCAAAGAAAAAUCACAAAUAUACACACACAAGUUAAGCAAAAUCUUGAUCAACCUGAGAGUAGACCGAGAUCACGAAAUGUACAUUUCCGAAGCAAACUUCGCCUCUGAACAGAGUAGACAUAUCGGUAUUUCUAGAGAUCACCCAUUGAUUUGGUCGAAAUAUUGGGAGGACAUUGAUCUUUCGAUGUAUGAAAGGAAGUUAGAAAGCAUGGUGUUGGCGUAUCUCUUUCCAGUCUUUCUGUUUUAUGUUGAAAUGAUUGAUACGAUCGCUCCAAGAGAAAACGCUCAAGAAUAUGAUUACCCUCCUCAAGAUUCUCCCUAA